AUGUUUUCAAGUUACUCUAGGCUAACGGUAGGCCACUCAUUACGAUGGCUUUCCACCUCAUCGUCUGUUCGGCAAGGGAAUCGAAAACAAUUAUUCAGUAAGAAAAGAAUAUUGUUAGCGGCUGGUGUUUCGACCGCAAUCUACGUUUCUGCUGAUGAGAAUGCUCGCAACGUGCUAAAACACGUUGGUACUACAUCCAAGCGAGUAGGCGUUGCCUCCCAGGCAACCGUUCGGUGCGUGUACAACUAUCACCGAACUUUAAAUGCUUCCUAUCAAUCAGAGGAAGAACGUCGCGAGGCUUUGAGCGCAUGUCACCAGCUUUGUGCUAGUAUUACAUUAAAAGCAUUAGAGGCCAAUGGGGGUAUUUUUAUCAAGCUCGGUCAACAUAUCGCAGCGAUGACCUAUUUAUUGCCCUCUGAAUGGACAGAAGCGAUGAUUCCAUUGCAGGACAAAUGUCCACAAUCCACACAUGCCGAAAUUGUAGCUUUAUUCAAGCAGGACUUGAAGCUUAGCAUGGAUGAGAUCUUUCUUGAAUUUGACCCAGAACCGAUUGGGGUAGCGUCUUUGGCUCAGGUACACACUGCUACGCUCAGAGCCCAAAAUCAAAAGGUUGCAGUCAAAAUUCAGCAUCCUUCUCUCAAGGAAUUUGUGCCAAUUGAUGUCUUGUUAACCCAGACCGUCUUCAAUAUUGUUGAUAUUGUCUUUCCGGAGUAUCCUUUAGGGUGGUUGGCCGAUGAGCUACAGAAUUCGAUAUACGUGGAAUUAGAUUUCACUAAAGAAGCUAGUAAUGCACGAAGGACAGCUGAGUACUUCGCGGAUUAUAUCCCAGAAACUGCACUCCGCAUACCCAAAGUCAUUCGGGCCCACAAGCGUGUCUUGAUAAUGGAAUACCUUGGCGGCCAUAGGCUUGAUGAUUUAGCGUACAUCGACCAGAACAAUAUUUCAAGAGGUGAGGUGUCAUCCUGUCUGUCCCAUAUAUUCAAUAAUAUGAUCUUCACGCCCAACGUCGGGAUUCAUUGUGAUCCUCACGGUGGGAAUCUGGCGAUUAGACGAAUACAGCAUCCUCGGGGUCAUCACAAUUUCGAGAUAAUACUUUAUGACCACGGAUUGUAUAGACACCCUACAACGGAGAUGAGACGGGACUACGCCAAAUUUUGGCUUGCCCUCCUAGACAAGGACGACGCAAAUAUGAAAAAAUACGCCAUGAAGUUCGCAAAUAUCGAUGAAGAGAUGUUUCCUCUGUUCGCCGCGGCAAUUACUGGGAGAAGCAUCGAUGCAGCACGCGGAUCGGAGCUCAUGAAACCAAGGUCAGAUGAGGAGAUGAAGGUAAUGGCGAAAGCAAUAACCGAGGGUUCUUUACUUGGCGAACUUAUGACUAUCUUGUGUCGAGUUCCAAGAAUCGUUUUAUUAAUUUUGAAGACGAAUGAUUUAACGAGACAUCUGGACGAAUGUCUGCAAAAUCCACUUAGCGUAGAACGCACUUUCUUGAUUAUGACCCAGUACUGCGCGCGUACAGUUUAUGAUGAGGCCCGCCAAACCAUCAACUUAUCUUUUCCUAGGUGGUCCUUUUCUUGGAUUUUUAAGGAAUUGCAAGCAUGGUGGGCGUAUCAGCAACGAAAAAAUCAGCUAGUCCUUUACGAUUUGGCCUUUUGGCUUCGAAAUCAGUUAUCGAAUAACCAUUAA